ACCCAAACUCGCGCGGGGAAUAGAAAAUUGGAUUGGACCCCGAGACCCAGUCCCACUGCCCGCGGGCCCCGCACCCCAUCUUCCACCGCCCCCUUAACCUCCGCUCCAAGCUCCCAGACUCCAUCCUCCCCACCCCCCUUUCUUCCUCCCAGGCGCCGCGCCUCCUCCUCCACGCCAGCACCGGCGACCGGCGACGCCCGCCGACGGAGAGAGGGAGGGCGGGAGAGGCGUAUAAGGACUCCUCCUCCUCUCUCGUCUCGUCUCUCUCUGUUUUUAUCUAUCUACCUGCGGUUCGUGGGCCGGGCCGAGGAGGGAGGAAGCCCGCUGCUGCUUCUGCUCGUCUGAUGAUGGCGGGAGCGACGUCAGCCACGGCCGCCGCGGGCGCAUUCGCCGCCGCCGGCGCCAAGGCGCGGGGGACCUCCGCCGCCGCGUGCGCGAGGGUCGUCGCCGCCGGCGGGCGGAGGCGCUGCGGGGUCGUGCGCUGCGACGCCGGCGGGGACGCCCAGGCCGUCGCCAAGGCCGCCAGCAUCGCCGCGCUCGAGCAGUUCAAGAUCUUCGCCGACCGGUACAUGAAGGAAAGGAGUAGCAUAGCUGUGAUAGGCCUCAGCGUACACACAGCACCAGUGGAGAUGCGCGAAAAACUUGCUGUCGCAGAGGAACUAUGGCCCCGUGCUAUUGCAGAACUCACCGGUCUGAACCAUAUCGAAGAGGCUGCUGUUCUUAGUACCUGCAACAGAAUGGAAAUAUAUGUGGUGGCUUUAUCGUGGAACCGUGGUAUUAGAGAAGUAGUAGACUGGAUGUCAACGAAAAGUGGAAUUCCCGCUUCUGAGCUCAGGGAGCAUCUCUUUAUGUUGCGUGACAGUGAUGCUACACGCCAUCUGUUUGAGGUAUCAGCUGGCCUUGACUCUUUGGUUCUUGGAGAAGGACAAAUCCUUGCUCAGGUUAAACAAGUUGUCAGAAACGGGCAAAACAGUGGAGGCUUGGGAAAGAACAUUGAUAGGAUGUUCAAGGAUGCAAUCACGGCUGGAAAGCGCGUCCGCUGCGAGACAAACAUAUCAGCUGGUGCUGUGUCUGUCAGUUCAGCUGCAGUUGAACUGGCCCUUAUGAAGCUUCCAAGGUCUGAAUGCUUGUCAGCUAGAAUGCUUUUGAUUGGUGCUGGCAAAAUGGGCAAACUAGUGGUCAAACAUUUGAUCGCCAAAGGAUGCACAAAGGUUGUUGUGGUGAACCGCUCAGUGGAAAGGGUGGAUGCCAUUCGUGAAGAGAUGAAAGACAUCGAGAUUGUGUACAGGCCUCUUACAGAGAUGUAUGAAGCUGCUGCUGAAGCUGAUGUUGUGUUCACAAGCACAGCAUCUGAAUCCUUAUUGUUCAUGAAGGAGCACGCAGGGGAGCUUCCUCCUAUUUCUCUUGCUAUGGGUGGUGUUCGUCUUUUUGUCGACAUAUCUGUCCCGAGGAAUGUCGGUGCCUGUGUGUCCGAGGUGGAGCAUGCACGGGUGUACAAUGUUGAUGACUUGAAAGAGGUGGUGGAAGCCAACAAGGAAGACCGUCUCAGGAAAGCAUUGGAGGCCCAAACAAUUAUUACCCAAGAACUGAAACGGUUUGAGGCAUGGAGGGACUCACUGGAGACUGUCCCGACCAUCAAAAAGCUGAGGUCGUACGCGGACAGGAUCAGGGCUUCCGAGCUCGAGAAGUGCCUGACGAAGAUCGGGGAAGACAAUCUCAAUAAGAAGAUGAGGAGGUCCAUCGAGGAGCUCAGCACCGGCAUAGUGAACAAGCUCCUUCACGGCCCAUUGCAGCACCUGAGAUGUGACGGCAGCGACAGCCGCACCCUUGAUGAAACACUCGAGAACAUGCACGCGCUCAACAGAAUGUUCAGCCUCGACACUGAGAAGGCGGUCCUUGAGCAGAAGAUCAAGGCAAAGGUAGAGAAGACCCAAAGCUGAGACAAGUAAACAGCUCUCCCAAUGUAUAUCUACUUAUACUACUCUCAGAAUGUUGCCACAUUCUAGUCCCAGUAUUUUUUUGAUCCUCCACUUACUGCUGAGUUUGUCAACUCUUUCGUGAUUUAGCGCCAUGGCAGCCUCCAAAUCUGUUGAGAGAGGGUGUAGCAAAAUAUGUUUUGCUCCGAAACUGCCUGUGUACACUGUACAUUAAUGACUUUGGUUGCUGUGGCUAGAGCCCAAUUUGUAAGCUGUACUAUAAUACGCUAUUGGACAAAAUAAACAGGAAUAUAUCAGUGUGUUAAUUGA